GAGCUCUCCACGCUGACCGGCACCCAGGUCCUGCUGCUGGUGGCCAGCGAGACGGGCCAUGUGUACACGUUUGCCACACGGAAGCUGCAGCCCAUGAUUACCAGUGAGACGGGGAAGGCGUUGAUCCAAACGUGCCUCAACUCCCCAGACUCACCGCCGCGCUCGGACCCGACCACUGACCAGCGCAUGAGUGCCACGGGCUUCGAGGAGACGGACCUCACCUACCAGGUGUCCGAGUCGGACAGCAGUGGGGAGACCAAGGACGCACUGAAACCAGCGUUCACUGUCACCAACCUGCCGGGGACAACGUCCACCAUCCAGACAGCCCCCACCACCUCAACCUCUAUGCAGGUCAGCAGUGGCCCAUCAUUCCCCAUCACUAAUUACCUGGCGCCAGUGUCUGCCAGCAUCAGCCCCAAUGCCGUCACCAGUGCCAACGGGACAGUGCUGAAGACUACUGGAGCCAGUGCAGUGACAUCUGGGGGCCUCAUGCCGAUACCCACCAGCUUCACCCUCAUGUCAGGUGGUACCAUGGCUCAGCAGGUCCCAGUCCAGGCGAUCCAGGUGCACCAGGCACCGCAGCAAACGUCUCCCUCUAGCGACAGCAGCACUGACCUUACCCAGACCUCUUCCAGCGGAACAGUGACCCUCCCGGCGACCAUCAUGACGUCGUCUGUGCCAACCACUGUGGGUGGCCACAUGAUGUACCCCAGCCCCCAUGCGGUGAUGUACGCACCCACAUCUGGCCUUGCGGACGGCGGGCUUGCAGUCCUCAACGCGUUCUCACAGGCACCCUCAGCGAUGCAGGUGUCCCACGGCCAGGUCCAGGAUCAGGGUGGCGUCCCCCAAGUGUUCCUGACAGCCCCAUCAGGCACCGUUCAGAUCCCAGUCUCAGCUGUCCAGCUUCACCAGAUGGCGGUCAUCGGGCAGCAGAGCAGCAGUGGCAGCAGCCUGACGGAGCUGCAGGUAGUCAACUUGGACACCUCACACGGCGCCAAGAGUGACUGAGAGGCCUCUGCUGCCGGCCUUGGGCUAUUCCCUGGCUUGUCACGCCAGUGCCGGGGCUGGUGGCAAUUCCUUCUCGUACAGACUGCACCAGUUAUUUAUUGUUGCCUUUUCACGUUUCCUUCAUCCACACGUGCACACACACACAAACACACACACAUGCACCCACACACACACACAUAGGGCACGCGCGUGGGGCUGCAGGACCCACCUGGGGUGGAGCUAUGCUGGGGCCAUGCAGGGCUUGGGGGCAUUUGGAUGCUGCGAUAGCUGUGCUUGUCUCACGCCAGCCAAAGAAACUUGUCUCUGGAGGGGAGGAUUGCUCUGUGCUGCAAAUAAAUACUGUGGGCCAUUCCCAGCUGGAGGCUUUGGCUCCUUCUGGGCACUCCGAAGACACCUUGCCCAUGAGCGUUUGCUCUGCAUGGGGCUCAGCUCAAAUCCAGAGCUGUCCUGCAGGUGUAGUUCGGAGCAGAGCGGGCCAAGGCUGUGCUGCUGGCCUCAGCAAUGUGCCUUUGUGGGGGUGAUGGGUCCUGGCUGCAGCAACUUGCCUUGGGCUCUGGACGCGGGAGAGUGGCCAGCUUGCAUGUGCAUCUCUGGUUGGGCCUGCA